CCUUCAAAUCCAGUCUGACUAGGACACCCUCCAUUUUCCAUGCCGUGUUCUUGCAACUCCGUGACUGAGAGCGUGUGUGCCGCUGAUCUCAACCUUUUGGAGGUUUAAUUUGAGCUUAAAAAACCAUCAGUCGAAGAUUGAUGAUGGCCAGUCCCUCGGCGGUGGGUCGGGUUUUGGGAUCCCCCUUGGGCCUGUGUCCCAACGUGGUGUUGCGUGCGCCCCACCAUCAACCCGUCAAAGCCCUCCUGCGGGCCCUUCACACACAGAAAUCCAUCUCAGGGUUGAGCUCGAGAUUGACCUCGCCGCCACGUGGCUCACUGACCUUACACAGGAUCUAUCAAUCCACGGAUGCCACCAAAACCGGUGAUCCGGAGGCCAAGACGGCAGGUGGACCCGCAACUGGCCAAGAAGACUCUGCCGCUGAAGUGUCCGAAUUGGAAACGAAACUCCUGGAGGAGAAUCAGGAGCUGAAAGCCAAGUGUGAUGACCUCAUGGACAAGUACCGUCGAAGCAUUGCCGAGAGCGACAACAUGCGCAAACGCCUCACCAAACAGAUCGACGACGCCAAAAUCUUUGGCAUCCAAGGGUUCUGUAAAGACCUCUUAGCCGUGGCCGACGUCCUCAACAAAGCUAUUGGCGGGGUUUCGCCCGAGAUUCUAGCCCAAGAGUCUCAAUAUUUAAAGGACAUGCAUCAAGGUCUGGCCUUGACUGAAAGCCAAUUGCUCCAAGUGUUCCGACGUCACGGACUGGAGCAAGAUAAUCCGGUGGAGGAGAAGUUCGACCCCCAUCGACAUGAGGCCUUGUUCCAGAUCCCACAUCCCGACAAAGAGCCCAAUACUGUGUUAGACGUCCAACAAGUAGGCUAUACGCUUCACGGGCGAACCAUACGGCCAGCCAAAGUAGGCGUGUCCAAAAAGCCGUGAACACUUUCCCCAUGCCCCUUCCUCCCUUGUGCUCUAUCGUGAGAAUUCUCGUCCGGGUCUCUCUUGUUAUUGUGUGACGACGCGAACUCGAACUCCUCAAAAGAAAAGAAAAGCGCCCGGAAAUACAAACCAUUCAUACACCCUGA